ACAGCGGGCCGCCGGACCCCCCCCCCCACACCCCAAUACUGCCGUGCCCCCCAAGGCGCCCCCUGGUGCCUCCUCCGCCCCGCGAGGACCUGGGUGUCCCGUCCUCCCACCCUCCUCCCCCAAACCUUCCCGGAGAAGCGGGAGAACCAGAUGGGGGAUUACGCAAGGCCUGAUGUUUACCUCCCGCGGGGGCCUCCUCCCUCCCUAUAAAGCCUGACGUGGUGGGGAGGUCGGCGCAGCCGAGACUGGCCGGAGCGGCGGCCCCGGGAGGCGCGCGGCGCGGCGGCGGGGAGUGGAUGCGGGAGGGCCGGCGCGGGGCUCCGACUCGGCGGCCCCGGCGGGCGCGGCGGCGCCCAUGGAGGCGCCCGGACUGGGGCCGGGGCUGGUGGAGCGUCUGGAGCAGCUGGCGACGUGCCCGCUGUGCGGGGGCCCCUUCGAGGACCCCGUGCUCCUGGCGUGCGAGCACAGCUUCUGCCGCGCGUGCCUGGCCCGCCGCUGGGGGGCCCCGCCGGCGGCCGGCGCGGACGAGACGCCCCCCGCCUGCCCCUGCUGCGGGCAGCCGUGUCCCCGCCGCAGCCUGAGGUCCAACGUGCGGCUGGCGGUGGAGGUGCGCAUCAGCCGCGGGCUGCGGGAGAAGCUGGCGGCGCCGGGCGCCCGCAGCGGGCGGCGCCGAGGGGGCCGCAUCCCCACCAUGGGCUGUCUGGACCCCCAGGGCGAGGAUACCAGAAACACAUGGAGAAGAUUUGAUACUCCAACACCCAAGCCAUCUCACUCAGAAGAUGAUCUGCCUGAAGAUUACCCAGUAGUUAAAAACAUGCUUCAUAGACUCACUGCUGACCUGACCCUGGACCCCGGCACUGCACACCGCCGUCUGCUCAUCUCUCCCGAUCGCCGCAGCGUUCGACUUGCACCGCCCGGGACACCUGCUCCGCCCGACGGCCCUGCACGCUUUGAUCAGCUGCCAGCCGUGCUGGGCGCACAGGGUUUCCGGGCGGGCCGGCACUGUUGGGAGGUGGAGACUGUAAUGGACACCACCUCCUGUAGAGACUCUUCUGGGGAGGAAGAGGACGACAGCGAGAGCCACUACGCCGUGGGAGCAGCUGGCGAGUCCGUGCGACGGAAAGGCCGCGUGGGCUUGUGUCCUGCUGGGGCCGUGUGGGCAGUGGAGGGCCGGGGCGGCCGCCUGUGGGCGCUGACCGCACCGGAGCCCACCCUGUUGGCGGGCGCUGGGCCCCCCCCACAGCGCAUUCGUGUGGACUUGGACUGGGAGCGGGGCCGGGUGGCUUUCUACGAUGGCCGCUCCCUUGACCUGCUCUUUGCCUUCCAGGCCCCGGGGCCUCUCGGGGAGCAAAUCUUCCCACUGCUCUGCACUCGCGACCCCCGGGCGCCGCUCCGGAUCGUGCCGGCAGAAGGCUGAGAUCCCCAGUUCACACCCACCCCGCCUCUUCUAGUUUGGCCUGCAUCCAGGCUGUUUCCUUUUACGAACAGAAAGCCCGCAAUUCCAGGGACUCUGUCCACACGUCCACUGCAGGAGAAAAUCCCCCCAUAUCUUUCACCUCAAGGAUAAGACCUCAGCUGACAUCCAUUCCUGUAGCCAUACCCAAAGCUAAGUCCAUCCUUGCCCGCUCCCUCUUGAGAUGCUUCUUUGCAACUAUGCCCAAGAUCUCUCGAAGAGAUUUAUGCCUGAUGAGAGCGCAGGCCCUGCCUCACUACCCCUCUAUCCUGGUCUCAAAGGUCAAGCGCUUUCUCAGCUUGAAGAAUUGGCUCCCUGCCCUAUUCCUCAAGAGUAACAAGAGCCUCCUAGAGUAACGAGGUUAACUCUAGCUCUUAAAGAUCCAAUAGGAAACGGUAUCUUUGAGUGGGCAGACAGCCAGUCUUACUCUGUGCUUCUCUAUCCAUGACCGCUUUGUACUGUCACAGCCCACCAUCACUUCUACUCCCCCAACCACCCUUUGAAUGACCAGAUAUCAAACCCAGGGCUUCACACAUCCAAAGCAGACACCCCCCUGCCACCGAGUCAGAUAACAAGCCCAAACCUUUUCCCACCGAAGACUCCCUGCUGCACACACAAUAAAAACCAAUGGUGCUACCUCUAUUUCUUAGGCUGGGAACAGUUCAGAAACCCCAAUUCAUCCUUGUUUGUAGCUUUACAGCUUUCCCUAUAUGUAUAAAUGGGCCCGUAUUUAACACAUUUUGCAAUGUUGGGUUAUUUAUUUUGUGCAUCUGUGGCAAUAAAUGAGAUCUCCUUGG